CUUAUCAUAUUGUUUAAGUAAAUUAAGAGUUCUGGUCGUUCUGGACUAUAAAGGAGUAAGGAGAUUAACUCUGAAAUUAUAACUUAUUACUUUUCAAUUUAUUUUUAAUAGUAUUUACAAUUAAUUAUGUUUGUCAAUAGUCAGUGUUAAGAAUUAAGUCAAUUUUAAUCGUACUUAGUUGAUUAAUUUUGAAGUUCACGCAUAUCUACUAUAUUUACAUUUUUUACAGCUUUACAAAAUACGUAAUUUAAUAACAAUAUUGUUCAAUAUUUUCUAUUUUGUGUAAUUUAACAGAUAAACUGUAGUAUCAGUGUAGGUAUAAAAUGUCCGCGUUCUCCAAAAGUUUGUAAACAUUUUUAAAGUUUUGAUUUCUAUUACCUACUAGUUUAAAUUAACGUGUUGAAUUAUGCUUCCCGGACGAGGAGUAGGUUGUUUGCCAGAUAAUCCUUUGGGUCUUUCUUGGCAUGACAGUAAUUGGAUUCCAAUGCUCAACUCUAAUAACAUACUAGACUAUUUCUCAGAACGUAGUAAUCCAUUUUACGACCGGAGCUGUAAUAAUGAAGCUAUUAAAAUGCAACGUCUCAGUAUGGAUCAGUUGAGUAAUAUGAUUGGAUUGGAGUAUUGUCUUCUUCAUGUACAAGAACCAAUUUUGUAUGUCGUGCGUAAACAGCAUAGACAUUCUCCAACGCAUUCUACACCAAUUGCUGAUUUUUAUAUUGUUGCUGGGAUUGUUUAUCAAGCUCCAGACCUCCUUUCAAUUAUUAACUCUCACAUGAUGUCUUCAGCAUACCAUUUAGAGACUGCAUUUGAAGAGCUAAACUCAUUAGCUAGAUUCCAUCCAUCUAAAGGUUAUUCGUGGGAAAAUCGUAGACCUGGUCAGCCAGCUGGCCCUGUAACUGCUCCUCCGCCAUCUCCAGUUAAAGUUACUGGCAAAAGAGACAUAGAAGAAGCUAGUUCCCAAUUUCAAAGAUUACGAGUUGAUAUGUUGUUAGUUGAAUUAACUAGGAAGUUUCCUUUACCUUUACCUCAAGCUCUGCAAGCAGCACCUCAAAAUAAUAUAAAUAAUCAACAGACAAAUGAAGUAAGUAAAAAAGAAAUGAAACAAGAAAUAAAACAGGAAAUGAUCCAAGACAUAAAUAUUAAACAAGAAUCUCAGCCUACUAACUCCUUAUCGCCACCAAUGAGACCUCCUCCAGAGAAGAAAUUUAAACCGGCAUGAUCCACUUCUAUAAUGUAUUUAAAUGUUAUUAAACAUUGCUUAUUUAUAUGAUUUGUAUUUUAUAUAGGGAUUAAAAAAAAACAUAAAGAAUAUACUUACUAUAUUAUUUUACUUAAAAUAAUUUUGAUUCAAAAUUUAUUAUUAAGUUAUUUUUGUACCAUAAAUGAUAAUUAUCUUAAAACGAAAAAAUAUGUUCAAAAUAAUUAUUCUGUUUUUAAUGUUAAAUAUGUACAAUAAACAUUUAUACAACA